AUGCCACCAGACCAUACCUUGGCCUCUAAUGACCAAUUCAUUGAGAUCGGUGGCCCAACUAACCAGCUCUAUUGGUGUUAUCAAUGUCAUCAAACAGUAAGAAUAGCGUCUAAUGAUAACUCACAAAUAAUGUGUCCUAGGUGCUUCGGCCAGUUCAUCUAUGAAAUCAACAUAGCCAGGCCACGGCUUGUGGUUGACUUCACUGAAUUUGACCCCUCGCCUGAAGCCCGUUUGCUAGAAGCUCUCUCGCUCAUGCUUGAUCCUCCUGCUCGGCAAACUAGCAGACAAAACGAAGGGCUUACGGAUGUUGGAAUCCAACCGCCAUGGAGGCGACGUAGGGUGAGUAGGGACUCACCCUUUGAUGACAUGGAUGGGUGGGGCCCAGAGUCUGGAAUUUUAGCACGACCCAGGGCCCCAUCACGCUCUUGGAUUAUUCUGACACCAAAUAACCUCCCUGCUAGGGUUCCUCACAGUAGGAACCCUAAUCAUAAUAAUAAUAAUAAUAAUAAUGAUAACGAUAACAAUAGUGUGGUGCCAAGAGGGGUUGAUCCUAGAAACUAUUUUGGUGGAACCGGGUUAAACGAGUUGAUUGAAGAGUUGACUCAAGAUGACCGACCAGGCCCAUUACCCGCACCAGAUUCCGCUAUUAACAGAUUACCAAAUAUUAAAAUUACGGAAACACAUCUACUCAAUGACUCACAAUCUUGUGCGGUUUGUAUGGAAGAUUUUAAAGUUGGUGGAGAAGCAAAAGAGUUGCCAUGUAAUCAUAUCUUUCAUUCAAAUUGUAUUGUCCCAUGGUUAAGACUACAUAACUCAUGUCCCAUAUGUCGAAAUGGGUUGCCCGUGCCAAUCAUCACCACAAACGGAACAACUUAUUCUUCCUCUUCUGAUGAUGAUGAUAUGUAUUCUUCGUCCAUCGAUAGUAGGGGAAGGCGACGACAAGUUGGUUACAGGUGUCGAGGAUUAGCGUCUGUGUGGCCCUUUCAACCGAGGCGCCAACGUACUAGCUCACAUGGUCGUGUUAACGUUUCAAGUCGUGAAGAAUCCAGACUAAACUCGUGUAACAUCCUGUAGCUAGCUAGACCAUCUAUACUUGUGUUGUCCAUAUAUAGUUGAAUUCAUUCUUGUCAUUUAUGUAAAUCGUCUAGCUAUAUAUGAAAGCAUGAUUUAUUUA